GAUUUUUUUAAUAAAGGGUAUUGUUUUUAAAGGAAAUGAGGGAUGUUUUCAUGGUUGGCAAGGAUAGCUUUCGCUUGUUGGGGACCAGUGAGUCGAUAUGCCCGUAUGAACAAGGAUAAUAACAACAGCAGUAAUAAUGAGCUUGAAGAAGAUUCUUCAUCUUUACGUGAUUCACUUCUUUGGUGUAGAGACCUUGAGAAACACUCUUAUGGUGAUUUCUCAUUUGCUGUUGUUCAAGCCAAUGAGAUCAUUGAAGAUCAUAGUCAAGUUGAGACCGGCAAAGAUGCUACUUUUGUUGGUGUCUACGAUGGACAUGGCGGCCCUGAUGCUUCUCGCUUUAUCUCCGAUCAUCUCUUUCAAAACAUAAUUAGGUUUGCUCGAGCAGAUGGAACCAUCUCUGAAGAUACACUUAAAAGUGCUUUCUCUGCCACCGAGGAUGAGUUUCUGAAUCUUGUACGUAGGUCGUGCGGAAUAAAACCAUUAAUUGCAGCAAUAGGAUCUUGUUGUCUGGUUGGAGUUAUAUGGAGGGGAACGUUAUACGUUGCUAAUUUGGGCGAUUCUCGAGUUGUAAUCGGGUAUUUAGGCAGAUCGAACAAGAUAGUUGCUGAGCAGUUGACUAGAGAUCAUAAUGCAAGUAUAGAGGAGGUGAGACAGGAACUCAGGUCAUUGCAUCCAGAUGAUUCUCAUAUUGUUGUUAUGAAGCAUGGAGUAUGGCGUAUUAAGGGCAUCAUUCAGGUAUCUAGAUCUAUAGGAGAUGCAUACUUGAAGCGGCCAGAGUUUUCUCUUGAUCCUUCUUUCCCACGAUUUCACCUUUCCGAGCCCAUUCGUCGACCCGUGUUAACAGCUGAACCAUCCUUGUGCACCAGAGUGUUACAAUCAAGUGAUAAGUUCCUCAUUUUUGCGUCCGACGGACUUUGGGAACAUUUGACAAAUCAGCAGGCAGUCGAGAUAGUUUAUAAAUAUCCACGAGCAGGAAUUGCAAGAAGGCUUGUUAAAACAGCAUUAAGUGAGGCAGCAAGGAAAAGAGAGAUGAGGUAUGAUGAUCUUAAGAAGGUCGAUAAAGGUAUUCGACGGUUUUUCCAUGAUGAUAUUACGGUGGUUGUCAUCUUCAUAGACCAUGAAUUGUCUGGCACAAAUAUGUCUGUACCUGAGCUAUCUAUACGGGGAUUCGUCGACACUAUUGGACCAUCAAACUUCAACAUUCUUUGAGGUUUGAUGAUGAAUAUCAGCAAAUACACGGGCCUUAUCAUUUGAAUUAAUAUUGUCACUUGAAAUAAUUCCCCCCCCCCCAAAAAAA